AUAACAGGGCGGUCCUGGAUAUUUGAUUGGCUAGUGGAUGAAUAGUUUCAGGAAGUGAUGCGAGUGGCAAAAUUGCGUUCGCCGACAAAAAAAAGAGAAGUCAGGAUGUCAGGCAGAAGAGUAGUGGUGUUCCCCUCAGCAGCAGAGCUUGGUCCAGCUCUGGCUCACCUGGUAGCAUCUCGGGCUGACAAGGCCCUGUUGGACCAUGGCCGGUUCUCCCUGGGUCUCUCAGGGGGCAGCCUGGUGUCCAUGCUCAGCAAGGAGCUGCCUGCCCUGCCAGACCUGGACUGCAGCCAAUGGCUAGCAGGGUUCUGUGAUGAGAGACUGGUUCCCUUCAACGAUGGAGAGAGUACCUAUGGACUGUACAAGAAUCAGUUGUUCUCCAAAAUCAACAUCCCAGACAGUGGGGUCCUGGCGAUUGACCCCUCUUUAUCUGUACAGGAGUGUGCUGAGGAUUAUGCCCGCAAACUGAAGGAGGCCUUCCCGAAGGAGGAUAUCCCUGUGUUUGAUCUGUUGCUGCUGGGCAUGGGGCCUGAUGGACACACCUGUUCCCUCUUCCCAGACCAUCCCCUGCUGGAGGAAACCCAGAAAAUUGUGGCCCCAAUCGGUGACUCGCCCAAGCCCCCACCACAACGUGUGACCAUGACAUUUCCCAUGGUGAAUUUAGCCCGCUGUGUGGUCUUUGUGUCAACAGGGGGCAGCAAAGCACCAGUGCUAAAGCAAGUGCUGGAGGGUGGGGAAGGCCCGGCACUACCUGCAGCCAGAGUGGUCCCCAGCCACGGUGAGCUGUUCUGGCUCAUAGAUGAACCAGCCGCUGCCUCCUUGACACUCCAGGUGGAGAGACCAGGCUCUGCAGCAAAACUCUAAAGAAGCAAAGAGAAGGACAAAAAGGAAUUGAAGAACUCAACAUCCACAGAGAAAAAUCUACAUGAUAUCACUGAACAUUCCUGUUUCUAUUUGACUGUGUUAUGUUUUAGACGUGAGAUUAAAACCUACAUAUCAUGAAAAUGGGAUGUAAGUGAAUGAAUGAAUAGGAACAACAUUGGAUUGUUAACGCAUCAGUUGUAGAACUGUGCUGAGUGUAUGUAUCAUGAUGGGAAAACCAUUUGAAGUAGUUGCUGGAUGAUUCAUUCCAGAUCAAACAGUGUAACGUCAUAAUAAUACAAAUAGGCUUUGGGCAUGCAUUUCUGUCUAACCCAAAAAAUGUAGGAUUUUGAUGAUAAACUGAAAUGGCACAUGCCCUUCUUAGCUAAAGGGUACAAUGAUGACAAAGAUUUGUACAGAAUUAUCAAUAUUAACAUUAAGAACUGAUGAAUAAAGGUCAAACAAAUCA